AUGACCAUCCCCACAGGCGAGAACGACAAGCGCCUGCCCGUCACACUCCUGUCUGGCUUUCUCGGAUCCGGCAAGACCACGCUCCUCUCCAACAUCCUCAAGUCCAAGGACCAUGGCCUGAGAUGUGCUCUGAUCGUGAAUGAUAUGGGCGCUUUGAACAUCGACGCAUCGCUCAUCAAGAACCACAAGCUCACCCAGCAGGGAGAGAAGAUUGUCCAGAUGCAGAAUGGCUGUAUCUGCUGUACUCUCCGCGCGGACCUGUUGGAGGAGAUUGCCAAACUCGCCGAGAUGGGCAGCUUUGACUACCUCCUCAUCGAGUCUUCAGGGAUUUCGGAGCCCAUUCAAGUCGCCGAGACGUUCACCUCUGAGUUUGCCGAGUCGGUAGCGGACCAGUCGGUGCAAGAGAUCUACGAGGGCCUGCCCGCGGAUGGGGAUACCGACGACUCGUCCCGCCUCCGCCUAGCCCAGCUCAUCAAGGAUGGAGGACUCUCCAAGGUCGCUCGGCUCGACACCUGCGUCACCGUCGUGGACUGCACUACCUUCCUCGCCGACUUUGACACGACCGACUUCUUGACGGACCGGCUCGGCAAGGACGUGGAUCCAGAGGACGAGAGGAAUAUCACCGAUCUCUUGACUGAUCAACUCGAAUUCGCCAACAUCAUCAUCCUCAACAAGACAGACGUGGUCAGCAAGGCAGAGGUGGACAAGGCGGAGGCCCUGGUCAAGACGCUCAAUCCGGAUGCCAAGAUAUUCCGUACCUCCUACUCCAAAGUUCCCAUCGCCGAGCUCCUCAAUACCAACCUCUUCGACUUCAACAAGGCAUCCGUCGGGGCGGGGUGGCUCCAGUCUCUGCGAGAAGUAGGGGAGUACACCGAUGCGAUGGGAGUAGUCAAGAUGAUCCCCGAGCCCGAGACUGAAGAGUACGGUAUCAGCUCCUUCGUCUACACCGCUCGACGCCCUUUCCACCCCAAACGCCUUUGGGAGCUCAUGAAGGAACCCUUCUGCAUCCUCCAGAACCCCUCCGACACCGACGAUGACGACGCCUCUAAUACAUCCGACGACGCUUGUCCCAUACUCGAGUCCAAGGAAGCCAUCUUCACCCGCCUUCAAGCUGAAAAGGCCGAGCUCGACCUCCCCGCCCGUAUCGCCUUCAAGCGCGCCUCGCCCAUCUGGUCCGGCGUCCUCCGGAGCAAAGGCUUCAUCUGGCUCGCUACUCGACCUCGGGUCUCGGGGGAGUGGAGCCAGGCGGGAUGUAUGUGGACGUUGAAUGGAGGAGCGCCGUGGAUGUGCGCGGUGGACGAGGCGGAAUGGCCGACGGAGGAUGAGCAAAUCAAGGAGUUGAUCAAGAAGGACUUCUUUGGGCCGUGGGGCGAUCGCAGGCAGGAGGGCGAGUUUUCUCUGGUCUUUAUCGGUCAGAGUCUUGACCAGGAUCUGAUCACUCGGACUCUGAAUACCGCUUUGCUGGAUGAUGCUGAAUGGGUCAAGUGGGAGAAGCUUAUGAACUCGCGCAAGAAGGAAGAGAAGAAGAUGGAGAAGCUGUACGAGAUGUACGAUGAUGGGUGGGAGGAAUGGGAUGACGGCACGGAGGAGCAUCUUGACAACGAAGCGCAGGAUUUCAAACAGCUGGAGUCAGAAGGACAGGAAGCGGGAGGGGUCAAGCACAUCCAUGCUGAGCAUGACCAUGCGCACGUCGGACACAAGGCGAAGAAGACCAAAGUCUGA